AUGUCGUCUCCCGCGCCUAUUACUCCUCCGUCGGAGACCGCCAAUGGCGCCCCACUGCCCUCCCGGCCGCAACCCAAGAUGUUCAGCAGCCAGGAUGGGAGCUCUGGCACAGGCACUCCGAUCGGUUUCCAGCGUUACCCCCACAACAAGCACCUGGACCAUGUCGUCGGGCAGGCCCUGCGACAGCCCUCGCCUCAGCCGACCCAUCUGGGUAUUCCCGGCACCCCAGGCCACAGCCCUCAUCGAAUUUUGUCCGAGGAGGACCCCGGCUACAUCGCCGCCACCUUCGAGGGCAAGCAGAAGCAGAUGGAGCAGGUGAUGGAUCAAUUGGAGGAGAAGGGUUUCUUCCCCAGUGACUUCGUCGUCUCCGAGACGACGUGGUUCUACAACAUGCUUGGCAUUGACGACACCUACUUCCAGACCGAGACCGUGGAUGCCAUUGUUACCCAGAUCCUGUCUCUCUAUGCCGCCAAGGUCGCCGCUUAUGCACGUGAUGACAAGCAGCUGGAGAUUCGCUUGGACAAGGAGGCAGAAGAUCAUGCGGUCUACAUUGAUACCAGCCGGCCCGGUGUGUCCACCGUGGACGGUCCCCGCUACGAGCAGCGCAUUGAUGAGAAGUACAUCAACACCUCCAAGGGUCCCAACAGCUACCGUGUGGAGACCUUCCGCUCCCCUACCACCCUCCCUGGUGACAAUGGACAGCAGCUGCGCUGCUACUUCGUGUAUAAGUGCCAGUUCGCCAACCCCACUCCUUCUCCCGAUGAAACCAACAUCGAUAUCAUCGGUGAGAAGCGUUUCUUGCAAAAGGCAACCCCCAACACCAAGGCCAUCUACCAGGAGAUCAUCUCCACGGCCGUCGGCCGUCAUGGCCCGGUCAUUGAGAUGUUCGAGAUCGAGGGCAGCCGGGAGAAGCGCCUGGUGAUUGCCUACCGUCAGGGCUCCGCCAUGGGUCUCUUCAGUGCUCUAUCUGAUCUGUACCACUACUACCGCUUGACCAGCUCGCGCAAGUACCUUGAGAAUUUCUCCAACGGCAUCACCGUCAUUUCUCUCUACCUUCGCCCCUCGGACAACGCCGAGAUCUCAGCCAAGUACCCCCCAAUUGAGGCUGCCAUCCACCAGAUCAUGAAAGAGGCUUCGCUCCUUUACUGUAUCCCCCAGAACCGCUUCCAGGGACACUUUGCCACCGGCCGCCUCAGUCUUCAGGAGACUAUUUACGCUCACUGCGCUUGGGUUUUCGUGCAGCAGUUCUUGAACCGUCUGGGUUCCGAGUACACCUCUCUGUCCGCCCUCCUGGACACCAACAACAGUGUCCACGCGGAGUUGCUUUCCAAGAUCAAGAAGCGUCUGCGUACGGAAACAUUUACCGCUGACUACAUCUUUGAGAUCAUCAACAACUAUCCGGAGCUCAUUCACAAGCUCUAUCUGGACUUCGCCAACACUCACUAUGUACAGAUUCAGGGCGGUCCCACUGGUGAUGACUUCCUGCCCACGCUCAGUUAUCUACGUCUCCAGGUUGAUGAGGUGCUGGACGACAAGAAGCUGAAGGCCCUCAUUCGCGGUACAGCUGUCAAUGAGCAUGACGAGAUGGUCAUGAACUCUUUCCGCAUCUUCAACAACUCCAUCCUCAAGACCAACUUCUUCACCCCUACCAAGGUGGCCUUGAGCUUCCGCUUGAAGCCGGACUUCUUGCCUGAGCACGAGUACCCCCAGCCUCUGUACGGCAUGUUCCUGGUGAUCAGCUCCGAGUUCCGUGGCUUCCACUUGCGCUUCCGUGACAUUGCUCGCGGUGGCAUUCGUAUCGUCAAGAGUCGUAACAAGGAAGCUUACGGCAUCAAUGCUCGGUCCAUGUUCGACGAGAACUACAACUUGGCCAACACCCAGCAGCGCAAGAACAAGGAUAUUCCUGAGGGCGGUGCCAAGGGUGUUAUCCUCUUGGACGUGAACCACCAGGACAAGGCGCGGGUCGCCUUCGAGAAGUACAUUGAUAGUAUCAUGGAUCUGCUGUUGCCCCCCGUUAGCCCUGGUAUUAAGGAUCCCAUCGUGGAUCUGCACGGUCAGGAUGAGAUCCUCUUCAUGGGACCUGACGAGAACACCGCUGAACUGGUUGACUGGGCUACUGAGCAUGCUCGCGCCCGUGGCGCUCCCUGGUGGAAGUCCUUCUUCACCGGCAAGAGCCCCAAGCUUGGCGGUAUCCCCCACGACACCUACGGCAUGACCACUCUUUCUGUCCGCCAGUACGUGCUCGGUAUCUACCGUAAGCUGAACAUCGACCCCUCCACCAUGCUCAAGCUGCAGACCGGUGGUCCCGACGGCGACCUCGGAUCCAACGAGAUUCUGCUUUCCAACGAGAAGUACUGUGCCAUCGUCGACGGUGCCGGUGUCCUCGUUGACCCGAAGGGUUUGAACCACGAAGAGCUGCUCCGCCUCGCCAAGAAGCGCGUGAUGAUCUCCGAGUUCGACAUGUCGAAGCUGUCUCCGGAGGGUUACCGUGUCCUGGUUGACGAGAAGAACGUCAGACUGCCCAGUGGUGAGCUUGUUUCCAACGGCAUGGUCUUCCGUAACACCUUCCACCUCCGUCACCACGAGAAGUUCGACGUCUUCGUGCCCUGUGGUGGUCGUCCCGAGUCUAUUGAUCUGUCCACCGUUGGCAAGCUCAUUCAGGACAACAAGUGCGUUGUUCCGUAUAUUGUUGAGGGUGCCAACUUGUUCAUCACCCAAGAUGCCAAGCUGCGUCUUGAGAAGGCUGGCUGCAUUCUGUUCAAGGAUGCCUCCGCUAACAAGGGUGGUGUGACCUCAUCUUCCCUAGAGGUCUUGGCUUCCCUGUCCUUCAACGACUCCGAAUUUGUCCAGAACAUGUGUGUGGCUGAGGAUGGCACCGUCCCCGAAUUCUACCAGGCCUACGUCAAGCAGGUGCAGGAGAUCAUCAAGGAGAACGCCACUCUCGAAUUUGAGGCCAUCUGGCGCGAGCACGAGCAAACUGGUGUCCUGCGCAGUGUUCUGAGUGACCGUCUCAGCGUCGCCAUCACCAAGCUCGACGAGGAACUUCAGCAGACUGAGCUUUGGCACAACAUCGCCCUCCGCCGCUCCGUCUUGAGCGAUGCUCUGCCCAGCCUUCUCUUGGACAAGAUCGGCCUCGAUAACAUUUUGGAACGGGUGCCCGAAAGCUACCUCCGUGCUAUUUUCGGUAGCUACCUGGCUAGCCGUUUCGUUUACGAGUUCGGCAACAACCCUAGCCAGUUCUCCUUCUUCGACUUUAUGACCAAGCGCCUCUCUAAACUCCAGUAG